CCGGAAGUGCCGCCAUUUUGGAUCCUCUACGCACAGGGAGAGUGAGAGCGGAGCGUGACCCGGGGGACGGCAAGCGGGAAAUCGGAGCUGAGGGCGGCUCUCCCCCACCCGGUGCAAGUAACUAUCAGGGUCACCUGAUCUUCUUGGAAAUCGAGAAAACGCAAAUUUCUAAGAUAAUGAAUGGCACAAUGGACCACCCAGACCAUCCGGAUCCGGACUCCAUCAAGAUGUUUGUGGGUCAGGUUCCUCGAAGCUGGUCAGAGAAAGAGCUAAGAGAACUCUUCGAGCAGUACGGAGCCGUCUAUGAAAUUAAUGUUCUCCGAGACAGAAGCCAGAAUCCUCCUCAGAGCAAAGGAUGCUGUUUUAUUACUUUCUACACAAGAAAAGCUGCGUUAGAAGCACAGAAUGCUUUGCACAACAUGAAAGUUCUCCCUGGGAUGCAUCAUCCAAUACAGAUGAAGCCAGCCGACAGUGAAAAGAAUAAUGCUGUGGAAGACCGAAAGCUAUUUAUCGGAAUGGUUUCCAAGAAUUGUAAUGAGAAUGAUAUCCGGGCCAUGUUCUCUCCGUUUGGACAGAUAGAGGAAUGUCGUAUCCUGCGAGGCCCUGAUGGAAUGAGCAGAGGAUGUGCAUUCGUUACGUUUACAACUAGAUCCAUGGCACAGAUGGCAAUCAAAUCCAUGCACCAAGCACAAACCAUGGAGGGCUGUUCCUCACCAAUAGUGGUAAAGUUCGCAGACACUCAGAAAGACAAAGAACAGAAGCGCAUGACGCAGCAACUUCAGCAGCAAAUGCAGCAACUCAAUGCAGCCUCAAUGUGGGGUAACCUGACUGGACUGAACAGCUUGGCACCCCAGUAUUUAGCACUCCUCCAGCAGACCGCCUCCUCUGGGAACCUCAACUCCCUAAGUGGUCUCCACCCUAUGGGAGCUGAGUACGGCACUGGAAUGACAUCAGGGCUUAAUGCCAUACAGUUACAGAAUUUGGCAGCUUUAGCGGCUGCUGCUAGUGCUGCGCAGAACACCCCAAGUGCAGGAGCAGCGCUCACUUCUUCCAGCAGCCCCCUCAGCAUCCUAACCAGUUCCGGUUCCUCCCCCAGUUCAAAUAACUCAUCCAUCAACACCAUGGCAUCCCUAGGAGCUCUACAGACAUUGGCUGGGGCCACAGCUGGUCUCAAUGUCAAUUCGCUUGCAGGUAUGGCUGCGUUUAAUGGAGGCCUAGGCAGCAGUCUCUCCAAUGGCACUGGCAGUACGAUGGAAGCCCUUAGUCAAGCUUACUCUGGGAUUCAGCAGUAUGCUGCCGCUGCACUUCCUUCACUCUAUAACCAGAGCCUUUUGUCACAACAGGGUUUGGGGGCUGCGGGGAGUCAGAAAGAAGGCCCAGAAGGAGCCAACCUUUUUAUAUACCACCUACCCCAGGAGUUUGGGGACCAGGAUCUCCUGCAGAUGUUCAUGCCAUUUGGAAAUGUUGUGUCCUCCAAAGUUUUCAUCGACAAACAAACGAACCUCAGCAAAUGUUUUGGCUUCGUAAGUUACGACAAUCCCGUUUCUGCUCAGGCUGCUAUCCAGUCCAUGAACGGCUUUCAAAUCGGAAUGAAACGCCUGAAAGUCCAACUCAAACGCUCCAAGAAUGACAGCAAACCCUACUGAAACCUACUGCCCCGGGAAGUGAGCGAAAAGGAUGUUCUGAUCCCUUCCUGCCAUUUGUCCAUCAUUGUGCCUCUAAAGCAUGUCGGUGUGGCGUUCAAGUACAUCGUCCAAAUCCUUGUUUCUUCAGCUUCUCUGAUGCUUGAACUCUCACCUCUGAAUUUUGUGCUGACCUUUGAUGCUAAUGUGUAUUUUUGUUGUUUUUGUUUUGUUUUUUAAUGAUUUUUUUGUUUUUUUUUCUUUCUAUAUGUUCCUUUUGUGUGUGUGUUGCCAAAUUGGUUUUGCUACAAAGACUGCGAAGAGGGACACUAUUUAAACCACGAUUAUUAAAAAAAAAAAA